AUGAGUAGUAGUAGCAGGUCGACAACAGCAACAUCUACUUCUUCAAUCUCAAUGUCAAAGCUACAGAGAGUAAAGGAUGUAGUCAAUUCGAUAAAGGAAUUACAACAGGAUCAUGAGAGUAGAAUCAUAUUGUUCAGUCGACUGCCAUCGACUCGCGAGCAGAAUCCAGAGCGUUAUAACAAUAUGAUAACAUUCUGGACCAAUGCCAUCAAGCGAGUGAUAACCGAGUCCAACCUUCUCAUCUUCACACCCGCCCAACUCAAGGACAUCUUCACGUUCGAUGGCGGAGUAUCCCCAAUCUCCAUACUACCUAUCAUUGAUGAGAUAGAGAAGAAUGGAGACUUACAGUCAAUGAGUACAUAUACAACAGAGCUGGGGUGGACUGCAUGGCUGUGGCACCGAGUGGCAUUGCCUUCACUAAAGUGGUCGUUGUCAAAGGUGAUGACUACAGGUAGUGGCACCUCUCCACGCAAGAAUGACACAAGCAACAAAGCAAUGUUGGAGAGGAGGUUGGUAUACGCCGAUCUAGUCAAUGAGAUGGCCGAACAACUAUAUCAACAACAACUGGACAGAAUAGUAUCGCCCAUUGACAACAUUGUAUCGAUCACCAGCAUUGAGAAACAGGUUGCCGAUUGGAUGCUGUCCAUGGCCAUCGAGUCUGCGCAUUCCAAUCAACAGAUAAUGGAGUCGUUGUGUGAUGGUGUGGCCACUCUCAAGAAGGUCAAUGAGCGAAUGUCUGUGGACCAGGUCGACAAGAUAAUGGACGACUUCUCAGAGGUGAUGCUCGAUCAGAAGGAGAUUGACGAUGCUGUCAAGAGUGGAUUUGCGGCAACAUCCGCUUCAUUACAGGACCCAGAUGAGGAGGAGAAACUAGAGCAAGAGCUGCAAGAGUUGGAGAAGGAGUGGAACAAGGAGCAGAGUUCCACGGCAUCACCGGCAGCGGCCACAACACAAACAACAACAUCACCUGUACAAUCAACACCAUCACCAACAACUACAACAACUACCACAACUAUAACAACUACAGCAACAAUUAAGUCAGCUGCGGAACUGACUGAAGAGGAACAGUUACUGGCUGAGCUGGACAACUUAUCAGUGUCAUCAACUGCGAUCACAGAGGAGAAGGAAGAAAAGAAGCCUGUCAUAAUGUCAUCA